AUGCAGUUUACAAGCAAGCUUUCCGUCGCUCUUCUGGCCAUCCUGGCUGCCGGUGGUGAGGCCAACCACCAGGCUCUUCAUGCUCGCAAGUUCUUCCACCCCAGAGGCUUGAACGAGACCACUCCUGCUUCCACCUCGACUGUCGUUGUCUACCCGACUCCGGUGGAGUCUUCCUCCGCUGCUGGUGGCUCGAUCUCUGUGAUCACCCCGACCCCGGUCCCUCUCAGCACUGGUACUCCUGGAUCUGGUGGCUCCGACGGCGACAAUGGUGGCGAGGACGUCACUAUCACCUACACUCUGGGUUCUGGCAGCACCAAGUCAGUCGUCACCACCACUAUCCACAAGACCUCGACAGAUCUCCACACAGUCUACGCUACUUCCUCUGCUGGUGUUACCACACUCUCUUCCACCUCUACCACCACCGCUACUCUGAUCGCUGUUUCUACUCCUGGUUCUGGCAGCUCUGGAAGCGGAGACAGCUGCAACCCGGCGACUGUCACCGUCACUGCUACCGUCACUGUGACCGCUCCUUCUGCUUCCACUCCUACCUCCGCUGUUGACGACGACCUCAAGGACAGCGGCGCCAACGAGCACUACUCUGACGAUGACAAGGACGACAACGAUGAGGACGACGACGAUGAGGACGACGACGAUGAGGACGACGACGAUGAGGAUGACAGCUGCGAGGAUGAGGACGAGGACGACGACGAAACCACCAGUGUGCCCUCUCCCACUGCUCGCCCACCCUAUGGCUACGGCAACGGCACCAUUCCUUUCCCCAGCGGCGCCGCGAAGCCCACUGGUUUCAAGACUAGCAAGCUGCCCUACCCCACCGGCUUCCGCCGCCACUAA